UGAAUUUCGUACACUGUAAAAAUUGGAAUUGUGUAGUGGUGUAGUUGACAGGUCUAACCUUAAUAGGUAGCAACUACUUGUUUGCCGAAGUGAAUUAUAAAAACCUGGCAUUAUUGAACAGAUACAGAGAAAUGAUUAUUAUACUAUAAAAUGUCAUAUCAGGACUCGCCGUUUUCGACCAUGUAUGGUCAGGACGAUUACGACAUUGAUGAAGAUAUCGAUGAGUACUUGGAAGAUAUUAGAGAUGGUGAAGAACAAGAUGAAAGUGACGAAGACACUGAAGAAGCAAGUGAGACAGAUCUUGGUAAAUCUGAAGAAUACACAGAGAUAAAGGAGCAGGUUUACCAGGAUAAAUUAGCUAGCUUAAAAAAACAACUACAACAAUUGAAAGAUGGCACACACCCAGAAUAUAAUCGUAAGCUAAAGCGCUUAGAGGCUCAGUACAAAGAAAGAUUACGAUUGAAUAUAAUUUACCGUGAUUACUUGACAGAGUGGGUAGAACGAGACUACAUAUUAGAAAAGAAAGCAGCAGUGAAGGAGUUUGAGGAAAAGAAAGUAGAUUUAAAGGAAAACUUAGUAACUGAUAUGGAAGAAAAGAGAAAGAUGAUAGAGUCUGAUAGGCACACUAUGGAGCUCACUGGAGAUUCUAUGGAGGUUAAACCUGUAAUGACAAGGAAAUUACGGAGAAGACCGAACGACCCUGUACCUGAAAAAGUAGAAAAACGAAGGAAACCACCGCCCGCACAAUUGAACUACCUGUUAGACGAAAAAGAAAUAGAAAGCGAUUUGAAAGCAAUUAGUCGCGGUAAAGUACUGACCACUGUUCGAAAACCAGCAGUAUUACCACAUUACAAUACAGUGACCAUAACCUCGCAACAUAUUCCCAUGCCUUCUGAUACCCCUAUGAUAGAGACUAGGAUAGAGGAUGGAAAACUCCUACACGAAAGACGAUGGUUUCAUCGUGGGCAACCUGUGUAUGUAGAAGGAAAGGAUUUGACAAGGUUCGCCGCAAAUAUUUCUGCUAUCGGAACUGAAGCUAUUUGGGUGAAGAAAGUUUCAGAUGGAAGCAAAGUACGAAUAUACAUAUCCCAGCUUAGUCGUGGGAAAAUUUCAAUAAAGAGGAGAGCCUCCUAAUGACUGUAUUAUAAAGAAGUGUUCGACGUUACGAAUUAAAGUGUUCAGUAAUUG